AUGAAACAUUCUAUUUUGCUUACUCUGGUUUUCGCAGGUUUGGUUAGUUGUGCUUUAAUUCCCAACAAGAGAGUUAUUGUCAAUAAUGAUGAUCCUGACGAUUAUACUUUAGUAGAGGGAGUUCCUUAUAAUAUUGUUCAUUUGAAGUCCCGUAUGAAUUUAAAUGGUGACAAUUAUGAUGUUGAUGUCAAAAAUUCAAAUUCGUACUGGUCCAUUCAGAAAGCUUACGAUAGUCUAUAUAACAUCAUACAUUUGAAUUCUUGCAGAAAUUUAGACAGUAAUAUUCACAAAGUUUAUACCAGCACUCCCGAAUAUGAUAACCAUUAUCAACAUUGGGAAUUCACAAAGAUUAAGAAUGAUACAUAUAACAUUAAGCAUCCGAUUUCUCAAUCUCGGAGUUUAGAUAGCAACGGUUAUUCGGUAUAUCUUGGAAACGAGUACAAGCACUACAAUCCUUUUCAACAAUGGUCAUUUGAACCAGCAAAUUAUAAUUUGACCGCUUUAGUGACAGAAUUUUCAUACCCCCCAGAUCUAAAAGAUCAACUGAGUCGUUAUACCGUGGAGAUUAGGAAGGCAGAAUUCCUAGGCAAGAAAGUUAGCGAUCGACUUAGUAUUUUUUUUCAUAUAAAUGCGUUUGUAUACGAGUGGUUAGGAAUAAAUACAGGUAUAGAUUGGAAUCGUGAGGCUGAGAAACAAUUUGUUUCACAAUAUGAGGAGAUAUAUAGAGAAACCAUAUCAGAAGAAGUUACAUAUGGGAUUAAAGAGCAAAUUAUGGUACCGCCUUUUAAUUCAAUAGAAUUUGGGGCUACUAUAGAUCAGAUUACUGUUGACAUUCCAUUUAAUGCAACCAUUCGAAUUACCGGCAAAGCGGACCGACUGGAUGAGUAUGGAAAUGUUGUUCCAAUGACUGAUGUUGAUAUUGAUGCGCUUAAAUGUUAUCUUCAGAAGGAAAAUUACAAUAUUAUAAAGGUAGUAGCAGAAGAAAAUUCCCUUAUAGUCAGUACGAAUGGUACUCUGAAAGUAGAUGGAUACGGAUUGGCUUCAACGAUUGAAACCAAGCCUAUCUUUCAUGAUAAUCCUCCGGAUUCUAACGAUCCCCCUACGGAUUUUGGCGAUAUCCUUUGGCAAUACAGACAAUUUAUUUAUUUUGCAGGUGCUUUUGUUAUUUAUAAAUUCGGUACAAAAUUUUUCGAAAACCGAAAUUACGUUGAAAUUUGA